ACUUAAUAAAUAAACUAUGGAAGACAUAAUUCUCGAUUCAACACACAUUUCAAAUGAUGAACAUUUAAUGGUGAAAAUAACCAAUGCGUUUAAAAAAUACGAUACGACUACCGUUUUAAAUGGAUUUAAUAUGAGUGUUUCUAAAGGUGUCAUAUAUGGUUUAUUAGGUCCUAGUGGUUGUGGAAAAACAACUUUAUUAUCAUCAAUUAUUGGACGUACUCGAUUGAACUCGGGUCAAAUAAGAUUGGGAGUAAAACGAAAGAAACAAAUAGGAUACAUGCCCCAGGAUUUAGCACUUUACGAUGAAUUUUCAAUGUUAGAAACAUUUCAUUAUUUUGGUUCAUUAUAUGAAAUGUCUUAUGAUGAAAUUAUUGACAAAGGAGAAAAAUUAUUAAAUUUUAUGGAAAUGCCACCAUUUACCACACAGUUUGGAACAAUGAGCGGUGGACAACAAAGGAGAUUUUCUUUAUGCGUUGCUCUCUUACAUGAUCCAAGUCUUUUAAUAUUAGAUGAACCGACUGUUGGAGUGGAUCCAAUAAUAAGUGCAAGUAUUUGGACAUAUUUGCAAGAUUUAACCAAUCGUGGAAAAACCAUAAUUAUAACUACGCAUUACAUCGAAGAAGCACGUCAAGCUAACAUGAUAGGAUUAAUGAGAAAAGGAGUUCUAUUAGCAGAGGCUUCACCUUUAGACAUUAUGGAGUCAUGUAAUGCUGAUACAUUAGAAAGUGCAUUUUUAAUACUCAGUCAAAAACAUUCAGCUCAUAUGUCUACGGAAAGAAAAAUAUCAAAUACUCCUCAGUCUUCAGCAACAACAACACUUAAAAAAUCGUCAUUUUUUUCUAAGACUCGUUUCAAAGCUCAAUUAUUAAAACAUUGGUAUUGGAGUGUCAGGAACUGGAAAAUUAUAGGUUUCGUAUGCAUUUUACCGAUUUUUACUCUACUUCUUUUCAACACCUUGAUUGGUCAAACUCCUGACCCAUUAAACUUUGGAAUUAUCAACAAAGAAAUCAAUAAACAUACUUGUCAAAAAAUUCAACUAGAAGAAAUGUGUAACGAUCAAAUUCCUUUAAGCUGCAAAUAUUUGUACCACCUUAAAAAUAGCGAAAUAACUUUGAAAUAUUAUGAUGAUGAAGAGUUAGCCAAAUCAGAUGCAUUAUACAACAAUAUUUGGGGUUAUUUAUUAUUUUCAAAUAACUUCACAAACUUAAUAAAUAAAAGAUACAAUGAUUCUUUUGGUAUGAGUUCUGAAGAUUUUGAACACAUGACAAUAUCAUCGUCAAUAGAUAUGUCUGAUUUUAUUACUAGUAAACUAAUUCAAAGUAAAUUAAUUAAUGGUUUUGAGGAACUUAGUAAAGCAUUCAAUCAUUGUAAUUCUACAUCAGUGCGUUAUAUUGAUCCACGACCUUUUAAAAUAAUGGAACCAGUAUUUGGUAAAUUAAAAGUGAAUAUAGUUGAAUAUGGAACACCAGCAAUAAUAUCAAUGUUAGUAAACCAAAAUUGUUUUAAUACUCAUAUUAAAAAAGAAAAUAAUUUCAACGAAAUUAUUAAGACAUAUAAACUCACUGUAUACUAAAAUAAUUAAUCUUGU